UUUCCAUAUGCUGAUGAGGCCUUGAACGCUUGGACUUCUGGCGGAUGCACAGCAUUCGACUGGGGUGAGGAGGUGCCCAUACCCAUUCGUCGGUCCGGCAGAGAGCCGCCUCCCGACUUUGCUGCAAUUGCCCCCCUUGGUAUUCGUCUUGGUGAUAGCAGCGGCGGUGAUAGUUUCGAUCGACGCAAUAGCUGGUUCCCACUCACUUCGGCUGUCUGGAGGCAGGCAGUGGCAAUUCGGCCACAAUUAUCAAUCACCUGUCGGGUACAUCAGGUGAGGUCGCGUCAGCGAGCUCGUCACGCCGCCUGGCAGCAGACUGCUAAUAGCAUCGCUCUCGAAGCCAGCCAGGAGGCAGAAGCUAGACAAGAUCUCUUAUCUGCGGCCGGUUCGCAGUCUUUUAAUGUCAAUCUCCAAGCUUUAAUGUGGCCUUGUCUUCCGGCCCCGGUACGAGCUAUCUGUAUCCGGUUAAGCGGCGGAAAUGCACAACAACUACUAUUUUCUCAGACUCCUUUGAAACCGGCCUCUGGAAAUAUGGCUGCUGCUUUUGGAAAAGAUCCUCCAGUUGAGGAUUGGUCAAGGGCAGUGGCUAUGUAUUCGAGUACACUGACUGAGCUGACAAUCUUCUGUCAGGUACUUUGUGAUUUGAUCUUUAUUUUUAUCUUGUGA